AUGUCGGAUUCGUCGCAACACUUACGUCUCGCGCUUACGGUCACUCACCUACUUCUCGUCGCAUUAGGAUCACUCAACGUGCUGGUCAUCUUUCUCAUAUUAUCAAGACCUUACUUACGAUCCAUAACUAAUGUUUAUAUGGUUGGAUUGUGCCUAGCCGACUUUAUUUACCUCACUGACCUGUCACUUGUCGCAGCAACAUCGCUAAACCUCAAAAGUUGGCCAUUUGGCUCUGGUUUGUGCCAUUUCUAUCAUGGCACAGAGACUACAGGAAAAUAUGCCUCAGUGCUAUUCGUUGUAUUACUCGCUGCUGAUAGAUAUCUAGCCAUGUGCAAAAGCGACGUUUGCGCCAGAUUCAGAAAUUACCGUGUCGCCUUGAUUCUUAGUACGUUUGCAUGGGUGACGGCCAUUGCCUGCAGUCUCCCUCUGUAUCUAUAUGCCAAGGAGGCAACAUUUGGAGUACGACCGAGGAAUUCGAGCGAUGGAGAGUAUCUAAACAAAACGUUUUGCUUGGUCCACUGGCCAAGCACACCGGCAGCUCAGUGCAACCGGCCCUUUAGGAAGAGAAUCGAGCAUAGGUACAUUACGACGUGUUCCAUCAUAAUCUUCAUACUGCCUGUACUUGUUAUUUUUUAUUGCUACUAUCAAGUAUUCUGCAAACUGCGGGAGGCAGCAAAGGGUUCACGACGCUUACAACGUUCCACAGCAACAAGAGCUCCUUACCAACGUGUUACACGCAGCGUUCAACGGGUUGUGUUAUUCCAUCUUCUUUGUUGGUUGGUAUAA